CUAUUGCUUGGAAUAGUAUUAGGAGGAAUGGUACCAGCUGCUCUUUGUACCUCUGGUAGAAUUCAGUUGUGAAUCCAUCUGCCCUGGGCUUUUUUUUUGGUUGGUAGGCUAUUAAUUACUGCCUCGGAGGUUGUGGUGGGCCGAGAUCACGCCAUUACACUCCAGCCUGGGUAACAAGAGUGAAACUCCAUCUCAAAAAAAAAAAAUUACUGCCUCAGUUUCAGAAUGUGUUUCUGGUCUAAUCAGGUAUUCGACUUCUUCCAGGUUUAGUUUUGGGAGAGUGUGUAUGUCCAGCCAUUUAUUCAUUUCUUCUAGAUUUUCUAGUUUAUUUACAUAGAGGUGUUUCUAGUGUUCUUUGAUGGUAGUUUGUAUUAUUUGAUGGUAGUUUGUAUUUCUGUGGGAUCAGUGGUGAUAACCCCUUCAUCAUUUUUUAUUGUGUCUAUUUAAUUCUUCUCUCUUUUCUCCAUUAUUAGUCUGGCUAGCAGUCUAUCUAUUUUGUUAGUCUUUUCAAACAACAAGUUCCUGGAUUCAUUGAUUUUUUUGAAGGGUUUUUUUGUGUCUCUAUCUUCUUUAGUUCUGCCAAGAUCUUAGUUAUUUCUUGUCUUCUGCUGGCUUUUCAAUUUGUUUGCUCUUGUUUCUCUAGGUCUUUUGUGAUGUCAGGGCAUUGAGUUAUAGAUCUUUCCCGCUUUCUCCUUUGGGCAUUUAGUGCAAUAAUUUUUCCUCUAAACCCUGCUUUAGCUGUGUCCCAGAGAUUUUGGUACAUUGUGUCUUUGUCCCUUAUUUCUGCCUCAAUUUCAUUAUUUAUCCAGUAGUCAUUCAAGAGCAGGGUUAAGUUUCCAUGUAGUUGGGCAGUUUUGGUUGAGUUUCUUGAUCCUGAGUUCUAAUUUGAUUACACUGUAGUCUGAGAGACUGUUUGUUAAGAUUGCCAUUCUUCUGCAUUUUCUGAAGAGUGUUUUACUUCCAAUUAUGUGGUCAAUUUUAGAAUAAGUACUAUUUGGUGCUGAGAAGAAUGUAUAUUCAGUUGACUUGGGGUGGAGAGUUGUGUAGAUGUCUAUUAGGUCUGCUUGGUCCAGAGCUGAGUUCAAGUCCUGAAUAUCUUUGUUAAUUUUUUGUGUUGUUGGCCUGUGUAAUAUUGACAAUGGGGUGUUAAAGUCUUCCAGUAUUAUUGUGUGGGAGUCUAAGUCUGUUUUUAGAUCUCUAAGAACUUCCUUUAUGAAUCUGGGUGCUCCUGUAUUGGGUGCAUAUAUAUUUAGGAUAGUUAGCUCUUCUUGUUGCAUUGAUGACUUCACCAUUAGGUAAUGUCCUUCUUUGUCUUUUUUGAUCUUUGUGGUUUUUAAAGUCUGUUUUUAUCAGAGGCAAGGAUUGCAACCUCUGCCUUUUUGCUUUCCAUUUGCUUGGUAAAUAUUCCUCUAUCCCUUUAUUUUGAGCCUAUUUGUGUCUUUGCACAUGAGAUAGGUCUCCUGAAUACAGCUCACCAAUGAGUCUUGACUCUUCAUCCAAUUUGCCAGUCUGUGUCUUUUAAUUGGGUCAUUUAGCCCAUUCACAUUUAAGGUUAAUGUGAAUUUGAUCCUGUCAUUAUGAUGCUACUUGGUUAUUUUGCCCAUUAGUUGAUGCAAUUUCUUCAUAGUGAUGAUGGUCUUAACAUUUUAGUUUUUCUUUGCAGUGGCUGGUACCAGUUGUUCUUUUGCAUAUUUAGUGCUUCCUUCAGGAACUCUUGUAAGGCAGGCCUGACAAGAAUCCCUUAGCAUUUGCUUGUCUGUAAAGGAUUUUAUUUCUCUUUCACUUAUGAAGCUUUGUUUGGCUGGAUAUGCGAUUCUGGGCUGAAAUUCUUUUCUUUAAGAACGUUGAAUAUUGGCCCCCACUCUCUUCUGGCUUGUAGGGUUUCUGCAGAGAGAUCUGUUGUUAGUGUGAUAAGCUUCUCUUUGUGGGUAACCCGACCUUUCUCUCUGGCUGCCUUUAACAUAUUUUCCUUCAUUUUAACCUUGGUGAAUCUAAAGAUCAUGUGUCUUGGUGUUGCUCUUUUCAAGGAGUAUCUUUAUGGUGUUUUCUGUAUUUCCUGAAUUUGAAUGUUGGCCUGUCUUGCUAGGUUGGGGAAGUUCUCCUGGAUAAUAUCUUGAAGUGCAUUUUUCAACUUGGUUCCAUUCUCCCCUUCACCUUCAGGUACACCAAUCAAAUGUAGGUUUGGUCUUUUCACAUAGUCCCAUAUUUAUUGGAGGCUUUGUUGGUUCCUUUUUAUUCUUUUUUCUCUAAUCUUGACUUCAUGCUUUAUUUCAUUAAGUUGAUCUUCACUCUCUGAUAUCCCUUCUUCUGCUUGAUUAAUUUGGCUAUUGAUACUUGUGUAUGCUUCAUGAAGUUCUUGUGCCAUGUUUCUCAGCUUCAUCAGGUCAUUUAUGUUCUUCUCGAAACUGGUUAUUCUAGUUAGCAAUUCUUCUAACCUUUUCUCAAGGUUCUUAGCUUCCUUGCAUUGGGUUAGAACAUGCUCCUUUAGCUUGGAGGAGCUUGUUAUUACCCACCUUCUGAAGCCUACUUCUGUCAAUUCAUCAAAUUGAUUCUCUGUCCUGUUUUGCUCCGUUGCUUGUGAGGAGUUGUGAUCCUCUGAAGGAGAAGAGGUAUUCUUGUUUUUGGAAUUUUCAGCCUUUUUGCUCUGUUUUUUUCUUAUCUUCAUGGAUUUAUCUACCUUUGGUUUUUACUGUUGGUGACUUUUGGAUGGAGUUUUUGCAUGGUCAUCCUUUUUGUUGAUGUUGAUGCUAACACUCAGGCCCCUCUUCUGCAGGUCUGCUCAAAUUUGCUGGAGGGCCACUCCAGACCCUGUUUGCCUGGGUAUCACCACUGAAGGCUGCAGAACAGAAUAGAUUGCUGUUUACUCCUUCCUCUGGAAGCUUCGUCUUAGAGGGGCACCUGCCAGAUGCCAGCCAGAACUCUCCUGUAUGACACAUCUGUCAACCCCUACUGGGAGGUGUGUCCCAGUCAUGAGGCACAGAGGUCAGGGACCCACUUGAGGAGGCAGUCUGUGUCUUAAUGGAGCUCAAGCACUGUACUGGGGGAUCCGCUGCUCUCUUCAGAGCUGGCAGGCAGGAAUGUUUAAGUCUGCUGAAGCUGUGCCCACAGCCACCCCUUUCCCUAGGUGCUCUGUCUCAGGGAGAUGGACAUUUUAUCUAUAAGCCCCUGAGUGGGGCUGUUGCCUUUCUUUCAGAGAUGCCCUACCCAGAGAGGAGAAUCUAGAGAGGGAAAUCUAGAGAGGCAGUCUGGCUACAGUGACUUUGUGGUGCUGUGGUGGGCUCUGCCCAGUCUAAACUUCCUGGAGCCUUUGUUUACACUGUGAGGGAAAAACCGCUUACUCAAACCUCAAUAAUGGUGGAUGCCCCUCCCCCCACCAAGCUGGACCCUCUCAGGUUGACUUUAGACUCCUGUGCUUGCAGUGAGAAUUUCAAGCUAGUGGAUCUUGUCUUGCUGGGCUCCAUGGGGAUGGGAUCCACUGACCUAGAGCACUUGGUUCCCAGGCUUCAGCGCCCUUUCCAGAGGGAAACCAAAGGACAGUUUCUCAUUGACCACAUCUGCAACUACUACAGCCUGCUGGAGAAGGACUACUUUGGCAUUCGCUAUGUGGACCCAGAGAAGCAAAGGCACUGGCUUGAACCUAACAAGUCCAUCUUCAAGCAAAUGAAAUCUCAUCCACCAUACACCAUGUGCUUUAGAGUGAAAUUCUACCCACAUGAACCCUUGAAGAUUAAAGAAGAGCUCACAAGGUACCUUUUGUACCUUCAGAUUAAAAGGGAUAUUUUUCAUGGCCGGCUGCUGUGCUCCUUUUCCGAUGCUGCCUACCUGGGUGCCUGUAUCGUUCAAGCUGAGCUUGGUGAUUAUGAUCCUGAUGAGCAUCCCGAGAAUUACAUCAGUGAGUUUGAGAUUUUCCCCAAGCAGUCGCAGAAGCUGGAAAGAAAAAUAGUGGAAAUCCAUAAAAAUGAACUGAGAGGGCAGAACCCACCAGUUGCUGAAUUUAACUUGCUCCUGAAAGCUCACACUUUGGAAACCUACGGGGUGGAUCCUCACCCGUGCAAGGAUUCAACAGGGACAACAACAUUUUUAGGAUUCACAGCUGCAGGCUUUGUGGUAUUCCAGGGAAAUAAGAGAAUCCAUUUGAUAAAAUGGCCAGAUGUCUGCAAAUUGAAGUUUGAAGGGAAGACAUUUUAUGUGAUUGGCAUCCAGAAGGAGAAAAAAGCCAUGUUGGCAUUCCAUACUUCAACACCAGCUGCCUGCAAACAUCUUUGGAAGUGUGGAGUGGAAAACCAGGCCUUUUAUAAGUAUGCAAAAUCCAGUCAGAUCAAGACUGUGUCGAGUAGCAAGAUAUUUUUUAAAGGAAGUAGAUUUCGAUAUAGUGGGAAAGUUGCCAAAGAGGUGGUGGAGGCCAGUUCCAAGAUCCAGAGGGAGCCUCCUGAGGUGCACAGAGCCAACAUUUCUCAGAGCCGCAGUUCACACUCCUUGAACAAACAGCUCAUUAUUAAUAUGGAGCCCCUGCAGCCCCUGCUUCCUUCCCCCAGCGAGCAAGAAGAGGAACUUCCUCUGGGUGAGGGUGUUCCAUUGCCUAAAGAGGACAACAUUUCUGCUCCCUUGAUCUCCAGCUCCCCAGCGAAGGCAGCCCGGGAGUAUGAAGAUCGCCCUAGUGAAGAGGAGGAUAAAAUAAAAGAAGAGCCCUUAACCAUCUCUGAAUUAGUGUACAACCCAAGUGCCAGCCUGCUCCCCACCCCUGUGGAUGACGAUGAGAUUGACAUGCUCUUUGACUGUCCGUCCAGACUUGAGUUGGAAAGAGAAGACACAGAUUCAUUUGAGGAUCUGGAAGCAGAUGAAAAUGCCUUUUUGAUUGCUGAAGAAGAGGAGCUGAAGGAGGCUCGCCGUGCUUUAUCAUGGAGCUAUGACAUUCUGACUGGCCAUAUUCGGGUGAACCCACUGGUCAAGAGUUUUUCCAGGCUCCUUGUGGUGGGCCUGGGACUGCUGCUCUUUGUAUUUCCCCUGCUACUCCUCCUUUUGGAGUCAGGUAUUGAUCUCUCCUUCUUAUGCGAAAUCCGCCAAACCCCAGAGUUUGAGCAGUUUCACUAUGAAUACUACUGUCCCCUCAAGGAGUGGGUGGCUGGGAAAGUCCACCUCAUCCUCUACAUGCUGGGUUGCUCAUGAAGUUAAUCUCUCACAUGACUAAGGGCUAUAUUCAAUGCUAGUGAUUUUUUUUUCAGUAAAUGCCUGGUUCUGAAGGGUUACGGGGCUGUUAACAGGUGUUCCUUACCCAUAAUUGAUUAUUCAAAUCUUUAAGUUAGCUUUUCAUAAUUAAGCACUACACUUAAAUAAGUUUGAAUCAAACACAGUUAUUUUAGUUACAGGUUAGGAAAUGGUCUUUAACCAAAAAUAUGUUUAUUUUUCAUUAUAGUAUAGGUAUACCUUUGGUCUAUUAUAUCAUAAUACAUAAUACAUUGGACUGAAUUAGAUUUUCCCAUCUCUAAUAGUUGGCACUAUUAUAGGCUAUAAGGUUCAGAAUCAGAAUUUUAGUAAAAACCCCAAGAGAAAGUUGUUGAAUAUAAUCCUUAGUGCAAACAGUGUCCUCUAACCAAUGCCUAUACAACUAAAUUUAUGCUGGGUUUUUGGUUUUGUUUUUUUAAAAAUAUUUUUAUGUGUUCAAACUAUUUUGGUAAAUUUUUAGCAAAAAAAAAAAAGCCUCCUGGAGUUAUUUACAUGUAUAGAUUGUAAGACUUAAUGCACAAAAGGUAUAUCAGAAAUUUUUUAAUGUUUUGGCUUUGUUUUUAAAAAUAUUUUUUGGCUGAAUAAUACCAUGAUUUGUUAUGAUCUGCAUAGGAGAUAGAAAAUGGGUAGAAAGACACUAUAGUAAGUAAGCUGCUAAAACAGAGGAUGGAACUGGAGGAUGUAGAAACUGAGAGCAUCAAGUGGACAUAGGGUGGUCCAUUUUUCAAAGUAUUUGGACAAGAGGACUUGUUAUUUUCAUUAUAUUCUGUCCAUAUAUUUUGGCUGGGGAAGCAGAUGUUUUACAAGGAAAAAGGUAAAAGAUGUGCCAGUCAGUUGUGUAUCAGUGUACAUUAACCCAAGAGUGAAAGCAGAUAGGAACUGGAGAAAUGAAAAGUGGCAAAAAAGAGUUCUGGUGAGGCUGGCAGGCAAAUAAUGGCAGGGAAAUGGUCUAUUUUAUGAAAGUGAUGGUAAUGCCAGCGUUCGAUGAUGUGGAGGGCAGUGUACUUGCUGUCUGAGUUAACGUGAACAUGCUUAAGUGGAUCGAAAUAAAAGUGGAGUAACUUUAAAGGAAAUAUUUUGAUCCCUUAUGCCAUUUGUUGUGAUUCUAUAGAAGAAACUUCAAAGAGUACUUGUGUGUGUGUGUGUGUGUGUGUGUGUAGGGAGGGAGAGAGGAGAGAGAGAAAGAGAGAGACUGGCUUUUUGAUACAUGUCCAUGAUCAUGCUUUGUGGUGGUCAUUGUACUCCUUUCCUUUCCCACUUGUUUUAAGAUCUGACUUCCAUAGAGAAACUGGAGAGGGCUCAUCAGAUGAUAUACCAAUUCAGUCUGGGUAAAGUAGUGACAUGACUCUCUGACCAGACUGUAGAGGGGACCAAUACUCUAGUACCUUCCUUGAUACCAUUAAAUCCAUGAUGGAAAGGAUUUAAUCAAAGGAUUUAAUGGUAUCAAAAAAGGUGUUAGAGCAUUGCACCAUCAGCAAGGUACUGAUGCCUUCUCAUGCAGACUACCCACUGACACUGUGUUAUGUGGGAGAAAGAAAAGAGUCUAGAGCUUAUGGCAUGGAGCAUACAGCUUCUCCAUGGAUUGAAAACAUUCCACUGCCUUAAUGUACAAAGAUACAGGGCCCACUGGUUAUCUAACUAAUGACCUCCAACCUUAUCAUUAGCAUGAUUUCUAAAUUGGGCAUUCCAGUUCCACUCACUCAGUGGAGCUCUGAAUGCUUCAUUGGACAUUUAAUUUUGGAAAUAAGUUUUGAAAGUCAGUUCAUGAAGCCUGAAGUUGACCAAAUGACAAUAUAUAUUUGCCAUUAAGUUUGAGGGGUUUCCUUUCUCGUGUGCUUUCAGUGAUUUAUUUUGCUUUUCAGUAAAGAUUGUUUACUACCUGAAAUUUGAUACUGAUGUAGAAAUAUAUUUUCUGUGACUGGAAGCCUCAACAAUUUAUUUUGGAAACUUGCAGAUGGCUAGCUUUGAAACUGAAAUUUGUAUUUUUCUUGUUCUUUUCUCAUAAGACUUCUAAGUCAGCCUUUCUAACAUAAGGCUUUCUAGCUUCAGUGUAGUCUGCACAAAAUUAGUCCCCUUCUGAUCAUGUAUCAUAUAAAUUUCUCUGACGUUCUAACUAUGACAAAUCAUCUGGCCCUCACGCUUUCAAAAAAAUAUAUAGUAUUUUUUAAAUUAUGGAAAUAAUAUAUUUUCCAUUGUAAAAUCCUUGAAAAAUAUGAUAGGAUAAAUAUCACAUGUAAUCCAAACAUACAGAUUUAUAUUAAGUAGUGAUAAAUAUAUUAUUUUAACAUUUCCAGCUAACAUCUCUUUUCUCUUAGGUGGAAACUUCACUGUUGAAUAGAAAUGUUUUUAAGUGAAGAAGCUGACAGAAUAGGGUCUGCUGAAUUUAAACAGCCAUCAAAAGUUAAACUGGAAUCUUGAAAUGCCAUUUGCUUGGCAUAUAAUUAGUCUUUUAGAAAUAUACAUUUAAGUUGUAUUAGAAGAUAGUCACCAGUUGCCUGAAUCGAAUGAGGAAAAGACUUCUUCCAGAGAUGGACAGUAUAUAAUAUAGUGAGAUACAGAGUUUAAAGCAAGUGUGCAAGUGUGUGAGUAUAUGUAUAUUCCAUAUUAUUGGUGUGUGUGUUUAUAUAUGAAUCUGUAUAUAUGUGUCUUUGAAUAGACACAACAUACAUGCUUUUCAUAAAUAAUUGUGCUUAUUUUGUCCCAAUUGAGGAAUUUGUGACAUAUUAUUGUUUCUUUUCCCUCCCAGAUACUGUGGUGGAUAAUACCCAUGGCCCGAAAGGGUUAAAUGUUCCAUGAAUGCCACUGUAUGUUCAUUUGUGGAUCUAUAUAUACACACACACACACACACACUCUCUUAUAUGGCAAAUACAUAUACACACACGUUCUUGCCUUUAGUGCUAAUGCAAGUUGGAUCAUGAAAACAAUGUAGGUAAAGUAUGUAUUUGUCUGUGCUUGAACAGUAUUGUAAAAUGUUAUGUAUUUGGAAUUUAUUUUGUGGUUUGUCUAAUAUUUAUAAACAAAACUCGGGGUGAAUUCACAAUGAGUUCAUUUCAUUGAAAUACUAGAGAUAUGGGGGCCAUGUUACUGUGAUUGGAGCCUUAUCUUUGUAUAGUGAAAUUUGCAUUUCUAUGUCAACAUCCAGACUGUUUUAUAUGUUAAUAUGGUAGCAGGAAUCCCUAAUAAAAAGACUCUGGGGUAAAA